AUGAGCGAGGUCGAAAAGGUGGAACUUCGCCAACGUAUGGAGCUGGGGUUUGCAGCCACUAAUGAACAACGACGAGGGGGGAAAUCCCACGAGGGAGGGGCUGCUGAAAUCCCUAAGCAGUAUCGAGACUUGGAGAAAGUUUUUAGUGAGGCUGAAUCUGACCAAUUACCGCCACACCGCCCCACUGACUGUGAGAUUGAGCUGGAGCCAGGAGAGAAAUACCCAACCCCAAAAAUGUAUUCAGUGACUCAAAAAGAAAUGGGAGCAUUGCGGGAAUUCAUUGACAAAAACCCGCUGCCUCUCAUCUAUGCCAUCACGCCGACCUACAGCCGGCCGGUCCAGAAAGCGGAGCUCACGCGGCUGGCCAAUACCUUCCGGCAGGUGGCGCGCUUGCACUGGAUCCUGGUGGAGGACUCGGCCGUCGGCACCGAACUGGUCAGCCGCUUCGCCGCUGGGCUGCGCCGCGGGGGCGGCCCGCCGUGCACCCACCUGCACCUGCUCACGCCGCGCCGGGACAAGCGGCNGGCGCAGCGGAGGGGCACGGAGCAGCGCAACGCGGGGUUAGCGUGGAUCCGCCAGCGGCACCAGCAUUUGCCAGCCCCGCAGCCGGGGGUGCUCUUCUUCGCCGACGACGACAACACCUACAGCCUGGAGCUCUUCGAGGAGAUGCGUACCACUCAUAAAGUCUCUGUAUGGCCUGUAGGGCUGGUGGGGGGACGACGCUACGAGCGCCCAAUUGUGGAAAAAGGCAAGGUUGUUGGCUGGUACACUGGUUGGCGGGCAGGUAGGCCUUUUGCCAUUGAUAUGGCAGGGUUUGCUGUAAGCCUUCAGGUGAUUUUAUCCAACCCUAAAGCUGUAUUUAGACGCCACGGCUCACAACCUGGGAUGCAGGAAUCUGACUUUCUGAGACAAAUUAUCACAAUGGAGGAGCUGGAGCCCAAAGCCAGCAACUGCACAAAGGUUCUUGUAUGGCAUACUAGAACAGAAAAGGUAAAUCUAGCUAAUGAGCCAAAGUAUCACCUGGACAAUAUCAGAAUUGAAGUGUGAUCUGGCAGCAUAAAUGGGACAUACCAUACUUAAUGGAUGCAUCAGACAUGCUUACCAUAUUCAGACUGUACAGAUUGCUGUUGUACAACUACAGCCUCUAGCAGCCUAAUGGAAGACUACUGGCAGAUAGCUGAAGAUGUAUCUACUUAGGUUUCACUUACUUUGCAUGCAUUUCUCUGUACUGUUUUAAUUUCCUAACUGUUCACAUUUCGUUUACACGUGUUCAGUAAAGAGGUGGUAAUGCACUGAUAAGUUACUAGUCUAAAAAAAGGAGAAGCUUUUACAUUGUGGCUUCCAGGUUUAUUCCUGAAUUUAAAAAGCUUUGUUUUUAAUAAUAGACACAGUUCUUAUAGAAUAAAAUAAUUACACAAUGUUUAUGGAUUUCUUUAAUAUAGGGAAGCAACUGCUUAUCAAUAUGAGGCACCAUAAAAUGUAAACACAAUUUACUGGCAUAAACCUGGAUACAACUGCAAAGACAAAAUUAUAAAUAUAUAAGUUGAGUUACCCUGUAUGUAUGCUGUGCAGUACACUUCAGGUUAAUCCUGCAUAGAUCUUUGCAGUCAAAUCAGCUUCUUUUAACACAGGCAACUCAAACAGUGGAAAGAAAAUUGAUGGAGCCACAGUGCUAUCCAGGUUUAUCUUUCUCUUGUGAACCAUUUUCCCUGUUCAUCACAUCUUUAUAGUAUCACAGUGAAAUGAAUGGUGAAACAAAAUCAUUAUCACACAAGGAAAUGCAUACUUCAAUGAUAUAGGUACACUCUUAUUUAUAUAAUUAACAUUUUGUUCAUACAGUACCUUCUACAGGGUUACUGGGUAAUUUGCAAGGUGGAAUUUACAUUUUAGAGAUAGCACUAACAUGAUAUCUAUGUCCCUUAUAUGGAAACAUUUGCUCUACAAGAUAAAAUAAUUUGAGUAUGCAGUUGGUCACGUAGCUCUUCUGAAAAGUAAGAUUUGCAAAAUCAAAACAUAUUGUGGAAUGAAAAAGCUGCCAAUGUUUUCAACUUGCUUUUCACUACAUCAGAAUUGAAGUCAGUACAGACCACAACACGGUCAGUUAAGAUUACUUUUAAAAUGAAUGUUUGAGAUUGGAGGAGGGGUAGUGUACAUGGAUAGAACAGGGAAACUAGAUGUAUUUGAGCAUGGAAUGUCAGGUCUCUGAUUUAAACUUCUAUUGCCUUUUCA